UGGGGAAGGAGUCAAGGAUGAGGUGGGGACCCCGAAGAAGAGGUCUCUCUUGUUAGGAGGAAUAGAGAGGACGAGGAGGAGGAGGAGGAGAGGAGAGGGCGGCUUCAAGCGAACUGUUGGCGGGAGAGUGAUGCUUCUCUUUGCCGCUGCUUGAACCAAAACCAAGAGUGAGGAGAAGAAGAAGAAGCACUUACUCCGAAGAGAGCGAGAGAGAUCUGGGAGGACAUGAAGAGGACGGGAGAGAGGGACGGAUCUCUUUUAAUUGAGGCUCACAUGAACGCGUGGACAUGACCCCGGUGUGUGUGUGUGAGGAGGUCUUCUCCGGGUGAUGGCUGCCUGUUGGCUCUAAUCGUGGCUGCUCCUUGAAAGUCGUCCCGGGAGACAAGAACUUGUGUGACAGGAAGUGUCGGAGUGGACUCGUGGGGAAGUGGGAAAGGUUCCCAACAGCGCCCACAGUUGCUCUGUCUUUGGCGGAAGAAGAAGAAGGGGACUCAAGCACCUUCCCUGGUGUGUUACUGAAAAGGCCGGGGUCAGCUUUAUUGUCCCUCUCCUCAGUGGAUGCCUCCAAACCGCCGCCAUGGGAGAAUGGACCAUCCUCGAGCGCCUCUUGGAGGCGGCCGUGCAGCAGCACUCCACUAUGAUAGGAAGGAUACUGCUGACGGUGGUUGUGAUCUUUCGCAUCCUGAUUGUGGCUAUUGUGGGGGAGACGGUGUAUGAGGAUGAGCAGACCAUGUUCAUCUGCAACACCCUGCAGCCGGGCUGCAACCAGGCGUGCUAUGACAAGGCCUUUCCUAUUUCCCAUAUCCGCUACUGGGUUUUCCAGAUCAUACUAGUGUGCACGCCCAGCCUCUGCUUCAUCACGUACUCCGUUCACCAGUCGGCCAAACAGAGAGACAGGCGUUACUCCUUCCUCUAUCCCAUAAUUGAGCGGGACUACGGAGGAAGGGAUGGGGCGCGAAAGCUCCGAAAUAUUAACGGAAUUUUAGUUCAGCACGGCGGUGACGGCGGAGGAGGUAAAGAAGAACCGGACUGCCUUGAAGUGAAGGAGAUCCCCAACGCCCCCCGGGGCCUCACCCACGGGAAGAGCUCCAAAGUACGUCGACAGGAAGGGAUCUCACGGUUUUACAUCAUCCAGGUGGUGUUCCGAAACGCCCUGGAGAUCGGAUUUUUGGCAGGCCAGUACUUUCUCUACGGCUUCAGCGUGCCUGGGAUUUUCGAAUGUGACCGCUACCCGUGUCUGAAGGAGGUGGAGUGCUACGUGUCUCGCCCCACGGAAAAAACGGUUUUCCUGGUGUUCAUGUUCGCGGUGAGCGGAAUUUGCGUGGUGCUCAACCUGGCCGAGCUCAACCAUCUGGGCUGGCGCAAGAUUAAAGCGGCCAUCAGGGGCGUCCAGGCCCGCAGGAAAUCCAUUUGUGAGAUCAGGAAGAAAGACAUGGCGCAUCUGUCCCAACCGCCCAACCUGGGGCGCACACAGUCCAGCGAGUCAGCUUACGUCUGAUGAUAAAGAGCAGAGGAAGAGGAGUGGAAUGAAAGUGCGGGAGUGCAAAAAAAAAAAGGCAGCGACUAUGAUUUUUAAAGGGAUGGAGAGGUCAAAUCAGAUGAAGGGACGCCUCUCUGUGAUGAUGGGAUGAAGACCGACCCUCCACCUGGGUCACUUGAGGAGUGAAAACUGAAAAUUCAAACAUCUUUUGAGAGCUGUUCUAACUGCAUUUUUUUUUAACUACAAUCUCCUCUGUCCUAUUUUAAAUCCUCAAAAGGCAGGACAGGGAACAACUGAGUGGAAGAGAACUGUUUUAUGUUAUUUUGGGCUAG